CAUUGCACAUUAAACACCUCAAUUUAUUCAUUCAAGAAAAUUUAGAAAAUUGAUUAUUUAAUAAGGAGAGGGUCAAUCUAACUAUCACAACAUUUGGGCAGCCGCAGAAAGGGAAUUGAAGAGAAUUACUCAUAAUUGCUUAAAUUUCGCGCAUAAAAUUUUUAUUUAAGGCACUACAAACUAUCUUUCUAAUUUUUUUUUCCAAAUAGAGUUAAUGAAAAAUAUCAAUGAAAUGAAUGCAAUUAAACUAUGGCUUGAAGUUGGCCCCUGCAUUCCUUGAAAUUACCCCUUUUUAACCUCAAGUGCGUGGAAUCGGUUUGGGUUGGGAUUUUAACAUGAAGAAUUUUCUUAAUUAAUGA